AUAUCCCGGCGCGCUGUUAAGGUCACUGCUGUCAUUCGGGAGCUAGCCACCCACCGAAGAGCCGUAAAAGCCACCGAAGCGGAGGCGACACAGCAAGGAACGCGACGUGACGAGCAACCACAAAGACGAAAAAAUGUCUCUUUCCAACAAGCUCACUCUGGAUAAAGUGGACGUCAAGGGGAAGCGAGUCAUCAUGAGGGUUGACUUCAACGUCCCCAUGAAGGACAAGCAUAUCACAAACAACCAGAGGAUCAAGGCGGCCGUCCCCAGCAUCAAGCACUGCCUGGAUCACGGUGCCAAGUCGGUGGUUCUGAUGAGCCACUUGGGCCGCCCCGACGGAAACUUUGUGCCUGAGAAGUACUCGCUGGAGCCUGUCGCCGCCGAGCUCAAAACCCUGCUGGGAAAGGACGUGACCUUCCUGAAGGACUGCGUGGGCGCCGAGGUGGAGGCGGCCUGUGCUAACCCCGCCGCCGGGUCCGUCAUCCUGCUGGAGAACCUCCGCUUCCACGUGGCCGAGGAGGGGAAAGGCAAGGACUCCUCUGGAAACAAGACGAAGGCCUCCCAGGAGCAGAUCGACACCUUCCGGGCAUCUCUGUCCAAACUGGGAGACGUUUACAUCAACGACGCCUUCGGCACGGCUCACAGAGCCCACAGUUCGAUGGUGGGCGUCAACCUGCCUCAGAAGGCAGCCGGCUUCCUCAUGAAGAAGGAGCUGGACUACUUCGCCAUGGCUCUGGAGAAACCUCAGAGGCCUUUCCUGGCCAUCCUCGGAGGGGCAAAGGUGAAAGAUAAGAUCCAGCUCAUCAACAACAUGCUGGAUAAGGUGGACGAGAUGAUCAUUGGUGGCGGGAUGGCCUUCACCUUCCUCAAAGUGCUCAACAACAUGGAGAUCGGCAACUCGUUGUACGACGAGGAGGGCGCCGGCAUUGUCAAGGACCUGAUGGCCAAAGCCGAGAAGAACGGCGUCAAGAUCACGCUGCCCGUCGACUUCGUCACCGCCGACAAGUUCGACGAGAAGGCCACCACGGGCGUCGCCACCGUUGCAGCCGGCAUCCCUGCCGGUUGGAUGGGUCUGGACUGCGGCCCAGAGAGCUCCAAGGCAUACGGCGAGGCGGUGGGCAGGGCUAAGCAGAUCGUGUGGAACGGCCCGGUGGGCGUGUUCGAGUGGGACAAUUUCGCCAAGGGCACCAAGAACCUGAUGGACAAGGUGGUGGAGGUCACCAAGUCUGGCUGCGUCACAAUCAUUGGUGGGGGCGACACUGCCACCUGCUGUGCCAAGUGGAACACUGAAGACAAGGUCAGCCACGUGAGCACUGGAGGCGGCGCCAGCCUGGAACUGCUGGAAGGCAAAGUUCUGCCCGGAGUGGACGCCCUGAGCAACGUCUAAACUUCCAUCUCCUCGACCCGCUGACGUGUGCGCGCGAGUGUGUGUGAGAGCGCGUGAAUGUGUGUAUGCUGAGAGGUGAGUAGCUUCUAAAAACCAGACUGGUGUUAACUUGUGCAAAAACACACAAAAAAAAAAAAAGAUGCACACACCCGGCGGGCUUUACCGCAGAUGGAGUAGAACUUCUGCCUUACUGCAACACGACUCGGCGAGUCAAAGAGUAGAAGGAUUGUUAAGGUGGAAUUUUAUUUUGCUGUGAUGAAAACAUGACAUCAUUACAGACUUUAGACAGCACGUUAGUGUCCUCCUGUCAUUCCCUUGCUAAGUUGUGUGCGACAAAUGGAUAUUCACAGACAUCACAACUUUUGACGCAUACAGUGGGUUUCCAUACAGAAUGGUUCAUGUGGCGUUUGUGUACCUUCCGACGGUUCUGGUCGCCUGUUCAAGUGAAUAAAUGUCCCAAAAAAAAAAACAA